AUGGCAGCCCUGCGCGCCACCGUUUGGUUGGCGCUGGCCCUUGCCGCACACAUAUCAGCGGCCCCCAUCAGCAGUACCGUGGAUCUCUUUGGCUACAACAGCCCUGCAAUGAUGGAAAAGAUCACCUUUGUUGUCGACCAGCUCCCCCUCGCCAGCCAACCCCAGGUCCCGACCUCCAGCCGCGACCUUGGCGUGACCGUUCAGCCCUUGGGGACCGACGGGUUUAUCCUGUCCGACCCCUACCACCAGGGUGCCACCUUCUUCGAUGGGGCUGCUUCCUACCCCAUGGAUGUACCCGCUGCCAUCUCUGGCAUUCGUUGCCUGCUGCGGGAUGGAUCGGCCUUUGUGUUCAGCAACGACACGCUGAGCUACGUGAGUGCCGAUGGCCAAAACCUGUCGAGCGUGUGGUUUGUUCCGCUGGCGCCAUUUCGAAGUGGUGGCAUGGACUUUGCGUGCGAUCCCAGCCAAGCAGAUCCGACCGUCUUGAUUGCCACGCAGUCCCGACUGGCACCCCGCGGGGCGGCGGUGCUUGAGAGCCAGAUGUUCCGGUGCACGCACAGCGUGCAAAACGGGACCAUGGGGUGUCGGGCAUCUAUUUACGUGCGUACAUCCCGCUUCUUCUAUACGCCCGACAACGUCAUCAUGGCGGCAGACCUCGUGUCUGGUGUCAGCAUGCUCACGGGCGGAUCCGAGGUGUUGUUCCCCAACCAACCACGCGAGGGAUCGGAGCUCCAACAUGCCGGUCCCAUCACAGACUGUGUCCUCAUUCAACCCAAGUCGGCCGUGUUCCCGCUCAGCAUUGACUUUUCCGUGGCGGUGACAAGCUCGCAGCUCGAGUUGUUCAACCUGGCCCCGCGCGACUCGUGCCGACCAAUGGGGUCACCAGUCAUGCUGCCCAUGACGAUCGAGUCGACGCAGCAAGCGGCAGUGUACUCUUUGACGCAAAACGGCACGAUGGGGCUGCUGGUGCUAGAGCCGGAUGCGAGCUGGAAGAGCACCGACCCAUCCAUGCGGGAGGUGUUUGUGUAUGCGGUGGGCUUUGACAUGGCACGGGACACGGUGACGGUCAACUCGAAGGAGCCGGUUCACCUGACUGGCGUCGGACUGAAUACACACACUUUUGUGGUGGUACAGGAGCAGUUGCUGGUCGUCAAAAACUCCUCAACGUCCGCAGUUCACCGCCGGAGCGCGACGCAGGUCGCGAAUAAGGCGAGCAGCCUGGCCGAAUCCACAGACUCGGCGACGCCUUUGGUCACCCACGUCUUUGGCGUCUCCCGCUCAGUCGUGCUUCUGACGUCCUCCACCGGCAACCCCGAGGGGAGUGCACGGGGCUCUUCCAACGCGAUGGGCCUCAAUGUGGCUCUGCCCUUGUACAUUGUCGUGGGCGUGCUCGUCAUUGCGGCCAUCAUCUUUUUGGUCCGGUAUUCGCCUUCCUCGCGAAGCCACAUUCUGCAAAUUUCCCGCAAGUCGGACUUGCGCUUUGACGACGACUUUGAGUUUAAGGUGCAGCAGCCCUUCCUACCUACCUCGCUCAAGGUGCCCGGCAUCGAGGCGGAUACAGACUACGCUCAAAUGAUUGCUCGGUAUCUUGAAGACGCUGCCCGGGCCUUGACCUCUCCCAGCAAUUUCGAGGUGUACGAAAGCGAGGACUUUCUCGCUCGCUUCGCCAAGCUCACACACAGCUUAGAGCUCGAGAUGCAAAAUGACAUGGGCUAUCCCCGCAUGGACUACAAGCUCGUGGCCGCCUCCCUCCUUCGGGCUAGCCAUCUGUACAUUUGCUGCCGGUCCGUGGAUCCCAACACGACCGUGGCCCCGCUUCCCGCCAACUUGGAGAGUCUCCUGCGCAUCAUUUGCCAGGGCGAAGACCUAGCAGGCGAGCCCGAGCUUUGGGAGGCAGACGAAUACAUGGGCCUCUACGUCACCGUCCAAAACAACCUCAUCCAGGAAAUGGACCUCAAGCAAAUGGACAUCAGCGGUCUUUACUCGCUUGCCUAUUACUGGAUCCGUGCACUUGACAUGGCCGCCGCCAAUCAGAAGAAGAAUCACAGCAAGGCAGCCUCUGAACAGGCCUGGGUCCUUCUCAAGAUGUUUGCCCGUGUAGCUGGUUUGGAGCCUGAAGAUUUUCUCCUCCUGGAAGAGACGGGCCUUCGAGGACAGGCCUUGUCCACGCGUUUGAUUGAUAUGAGCUGUGACGACGUGGUUCAUCACUUCCUGACAAGUCUGCCCACUGCAGCUUGCCACAAGCUGUUGAGCACGGCCAACAAGUAUCCAGUCAUUGAGGCCAUGUUUCAAAACGUGGACAGCAUGCAAAAGUGUUGCUACUUUGCCAUCAGUGCCGCUUGUCGACGCGUCUCCCACGAUUUGAAGAUUGAUUUGUUUGCCACGUGCCGCCAGCGUUUCUACUUUGACACGUGGAUCGCCAAGGUGGUCGGUGCCACCAUCAAGACGGGUUGGGAUGCCGAGGACGAGAUGGCCACGCGGAACAUUCUGGAUCUGUUUGCGCAGGUGGAGGCACCGGGCCACGACUCGGAUUCCCAUCCAAUUUUUGCUUGGUAUCUUCUUCUGGAUCGUCAGUGCCGCACGUACCACACCAGCUUGCCCUGCACGCGCGAGGCCAUUCAUGUGGAGGAGUCCAGCAAACGUCCCAAGCGGUCGGAGCAGCCCAAGUUUUGCGAGCACUGCUGGAAGCUGGUGACCAUGGCUCAAAAGCCCGAGAUCUAUCCUCAGUUUGUCAAGCAAUACCCCACCAUCAAGAACUGCUUGAACAAGCGCGACACUCGCGCUGCCAAGAAGAGUGCUUCACCGCACGCGGCACCACCCAUGGAGGUGCCGUAAUCCUUUAAGUUUUUCAAGUGAUGAGGCCUUGUGGGUCUGCCUUGCUCCACAGGCCCCGUGUUUUGUUUUUCUUCAUGUUUCUUUCCCUUGAGUUUUGGACCUUUGCCUCUUGGCGCACCCAUGGUUUUGUGUAGUCUGUUGAAUGUUGAGAUAAUAUUUUCCCUCUGAUAUUGAAGACAACCUUUUGUGCUUGUGCUUGUGCGUGUGUGCGUGCGUGUGUGUGUGUGCGCACGUAUGGAAGCAGUGCCGUGUACCGGUUGGUGAUGAAUCAGCUUGCUUUUCAUUGCCCACCGUGCUUUUUUUUGUUUUCUUUUGUUUUUAGAGCUUUCUCUCCCUUCCCCUCUCUCUCUCUUUUCUCUUUUUUUUUUCUCUCGCUUUCUUCCUUUCUUCAGUCAGCAUGUGUUUUAGUACAAGGAUAGUUGAUUGUUAUGAGACUGUGU